AUGGCAGAGGUAAACAUAAAAGUGGGGAAUGAAGAUGAGAACAGUGAUGACGAGCAAGCCCAUCAUAGCCAAAGGCAUGGUGGGCAUCUGUUUAAAUAUGUCCAAGUGUUGCCAAAGUUCGAGAAGGACGUGGAAGCCUUUUUCAUUCCAUUUGAGAAAGUUGCUGAACAAAUGAAAUGGCCACUGGGCCAUGUUGGUUUUGUUGAUUCGAACAAAGGUAUCUGGAGCUGUAUACACGGUGUUCCAUACGAGGAAAAGAAAAAAUCGCCCAACCUGGAUUUGAACAGCCCUCAAACAAAUAUUCUGAGGCUGUUUAACACGGCAAAAACAAUGGCCAAUAUGUCAAAUCUGAAUGCUUCAAGAGCAAACUCCCCGAAAAGAACUUCCAAUUUCAUUCAAAAAGGGUCUUUGCUGCUUGAUGUGGUUGACCAAAAGGGAAAUUUCCUGUACUCUGAUAACAGGCCCUAUCAACCCAAGGAGACUGGCUUCACUGAUAACACCAGCGAAAUGAUGACAUUUAAUGUCAACAGGCAGAAAGAUAACCGUAACAAUUAUAUACUCCAAGGGCAGCAUCCGUUGACUCUAAAUGAAGCAAAUCCCAACACUGUGGAGGUUGCAGUUAGCUCUGAUACUCCUAAACUUAACUCCAGGCCUAGGCAGCUGUGGAAAAAAUCUGUGGAAACGUUGCGGCAAAAUCAGGGGUCGCUAGUAGAAAGUGUCAAUGUAGAGCCCAAGCAACCCGUUAAAAACCAGAGGUACCUUCCAGAGGAUGUUGUCCAUUCAGACAUGUCUGAUUGUUCAAGCCGCACUACAUCCUACAAGGAUCCUGACAACAAUCAGAAGUAUCACAAACAUAAAGAGACCUUCAAAAAGAAAUCCAUGAUGGCCAAGUAUCCUCGAGACUGCAGUGAAAUAGAACUCUCUUAUCUUAGAGCAAAGGAGAGCCAGCAACACCAUCGUGACAAAGUCUACACCAUUGAUUCUGACCGGGAGUCCAGUUAUCAUUCGGAUCAGCAUCAUUACCGAGAAAAUGUAGCAAUUCCAGAGGGUCUGGACUACCCUCAGGUGUAUCAUGAUCAGAAUGAGAAUUACAGGAAACAGGAAGCAGUUCUGCACGUAAACAGGACUCCUCAGCAUAAUGAGGACAACCUUACCAAUGCUGAAAAUAAAUACAGCCUCUAUAAUAAGCACUACAGCUUGAAGGAGAAAAAUCUUUCCCCUGUCGAUUACAAUGAUAGGUACAAGCAGCCCAUCGCUCACUGCAGAAGCUGCCUCUCCAAACUGCCCAACUACACCCCUCACUACUCGGUCAGGUCUCCAUAUAACAGAUGUGAUGCUUGUGUACACACAGCAAACUUGUAUGAUAUUAGUGAAGAUCACAUGUUACAAGAGCCAGUAAGCUCCAUGUGCCCUGAAGAAUCCUUUGUCCACCACUGGGUGGGUUCUGAAGCCUCGAACAUGCAGAAAGUAAAUAGGCUGAGGAUUAGCAGACAGCAUUCAUUUGACAAUAUCCUUGAGAACCCUAAAGAAGUGGAUCUUGGAAGACCUGCACGAAGUGUAAGCUUAAAAGAAAAGGACAAAUUUCAGGAUGACCCUUAUGCACAUGUAUUCGAUAUUAAGCCAGAGAAACUCUUUAGCACCAAGGUUUCUGUUUUUGACCAUAAUCUGGAAGAGACCAAACGGAGUAAAUCAUUGUAUCCAGACCAUGUCUCUGAGAAUCCA